AUGAUGUCGGAAUCCGACGCAGUGAUUUCUGUAGACAGGCCCCUUAUAGGUCACGCUGCAAGCAGCAGCAGGUGCAGCAUCAGCACUUGCGGCAGCAACGGCCACAUCGAGACUCCCCCCUCACCAACGGCAGCGGCAGCAGCAGGAGCGACAGCAGCAGCACCUACACCCACGGAUGAAACCUUUGUUGUUUCUUUUUCUUAUGCUGAUCGGUAUCCUGUUAAGCAAAGGCGCCACCCUAGUUCUCCGCACUUCGAAGAAAAGACGGCUUUGAUAGAAGAUGCGGCUUCUCCCACAGGCUUGGGGCAGGGAAUCCAGCAGCGUCUGUGGCCUUUUCAGGGCCUCUGCCCUGAGAGGAAAUUUUUGAGAUGCAUGCGGAUGAUCCCGCGGCUGAGUUGGGUCUUUCUGGCUGCUGUUCCUGUCGUGACUCUGCUGGCUUGGGGCUGCUGGCUCGUUUGGGUGAACAGCCGCAUGCAAAUUGUGUUUGCUGCUGAAAAAGCAGCCGCCGCAGCAGCUGCUGCAGCUGCGGAGAAGCCCAUGCCCUAUAGCCACAUAUCGUCGGACUCCAUAAGAGGCCUAGCGGCUAUUCCAGCGGCCCCCCGGGCACUCUCCUGCUGGGACCUGCAGCAGUACGAGCUGCCUGUGGAGCAGGAGGUGCUGCAGCAGCAAAGAGAUGAGCCGUACAGUCUGCUGCACGCGGACGCAGCAGCAGUAGUGCCCUCAGCAGCAGAUAUCAUUGCUGCUGCGCCGUGGGAAAGAGACGCUCGGGACCCUUCCUUCGCGGUUCCCGACUGGGCGGUUCGGCCCCAGCAGCAGCAGGACCAGCAGGUGCCGGCACAGCAGCAGCAGCAGCAACAGCAGCAGCAGCAGCCAGUUGUGUCUGUUUGCACCUACAGGGAUCCUCGCUACGGCGUCACAGUGACUGCUCUAUUGGCAUCUCUUGUUGCCUCGCCUGAGAAUGGCUGUACUGACACCUGCGCGCUUCCCUUUUGGAACAACUCACCGGAGUCUGCCCAGAAAGCUGAAUCUGGGGCUGAGGGGGCCCCCGAGGCCCCGCGGGUGGGUUUGGGGGGCCCUUUGAGAGGCACAGCAGCAGCGGCGUCAGCUGCUGCGGCUCAGGGCCCGAAGGAAAGCCCUGCGGAAGCCCCGGAGCUGUGUCUUUUCUCCGAACCUUCUCUUUACAAUGGGUGCAACACAAUUGAGGGUCACUUGGCAGCGCAAGGGGUUGCUGCGCCUUCUCGGGACAAAGGCGUAAAGCUCACGGGCACGCCUGAGGUCGACGCGGCCCUGCUGCUGCACGGGGGCCUCCUGCGGCGGCGCGUGCUGCACUUCGUGAGUGGCUCGGAUGCACUGACUCCGAGAGAGCUGUGGGCUCUGGACUCUGCCUUUGCAGCCAUGCCUGGGGCCCUCGUCCGGUGGCACGUCAUUCCCACCUGCAGGGCCCCCCAGCAGGGCCCCCCAGAAGAGGGGCCCCCGCACGGGGGAGUGCCUCCUGGAGGAGCUUCUGAGGGGGAGCCAGGGGAAAGCAGCAAAAGCCAGUACUCAGGUGGCGGCGAAACCACAAAGUGCCUCGAGAGGGCUCGCGAGACCCACUUCGCGCAGAUGCAGAUCUUCUGGCGCUCCGGCUACGACUUGCAGUACGUGCAGCACGACAGGCUCGACGCUUACUUCCAAGGUCUUCCCCUGGAACGGCACGCCGAAGUGCUGUCGCGGCAGCCGCUGGGUCCUGCAGCUCAGCUGCAGAGGGUGCUGCAGCACAUGCUGCGGACUCUGACGGCCGACGUUCUGCGGCUUGCUGUGGUGUACAGAGAAGGGGGCACCUACAUGGACACUGAUGUGGUGUCUGUACAGGAACUGCGCCACCUUUCAAACUUCGUAGCCUGCGAAGGGCCUGAAGGCCUCACAAGGUUCUCUUGUGACCCUUGCCAGGCCGUCAUUUCCUUCGAAGCCGGUCACGAGCGUCUACGGGAGUGGCUAGUCAACGUGGCGCUGCUGCUUGACAAUGACAACAGCACAAGCACGGGCAGCGAGGGGGAUUCCGGCAGCAGCGGCAGCAGCAGCAGCAGUUUGUGGAGAAGAAUUAAAGGGAUCCUUUUUGGGGCCGAUCGAAGUAUUUGGAGUUGGGAUGGGCGGGCAGGAAAGUCUCUGGGGGAAAUGCUAGCAGCGAACGACGAGGCAGAAAAGAUGUAUAAGCAGCGCAGCAGCAGCAACAGUAGCUAUGAUGCAGAUAGGCCUUUUGCAAAGAUGCUGCUGCUGCCUUGGGGAACUGUCGGCACAAAGCCGCUGCGGCUAAUGCUCGAUAUGUGGUCCAAAGAAGGCUUACCGCACCUCGACGCCCGCAGGCUCGCGCCCAGUCUCCACACGUCGGUGACGCAGCUGCAGCAGCAGCAACAGCAGCAGCAGCAAGGGCCGCAAAAGGAGCAUAAUGUGUAUGGGAGUCCGUGGCCAGGACUGACUCGCAUCUUAGGGAAGGCCCCGCUUCCAUCUUCCGAGGCGCUGAAGGAGCACCUCCGGCAGUCUUGGGAUCUGCAGCAGCAGCGGCGGCAAAAAGGGGCGAAGGCUCCGGAACAGAAGCCGCAGCAGCAGGUUGGGAGCGUCGUAGGCAGGCUUUUGCAAGGCAUUUCUGAGGGCGUGAGCACGGGCUGGACUUGGCUGUUGGCUCUCACAGGCUACGGACCUUAUGUGAAUUUUGGCCAGCAUGUGGACGAGCCUGCAAACAAUGCGGAGCCGCCGUCAUCUCUGUCGCUCUACGGGCCCACCGUGUUCUUCCCACUGAGCUACACAGAAGUGGCUUGGGACCGGCCCGCAGUGACUGCAGAACUGCUGUGGUCGCCCGCGAGGGCCCCGGAGGGUGUAGCCUUUUGGGAGGCCCUGGUUGCUGGGGGUCAUGUUUACACGUUGCACUUGUACAGCACAAUGAUUCACUACUCGAAAGGCGACUUUUCCAAAGCCAUUCAGGAUGCCUCGCAUGCGGCCAUCGGAGUGAUACAGCGCAGCUACUGCAGCCUCCUCUGCGGGGCUUCCCGCCUGCAGGUCUUUGGGGGCCCCGAGAGCAGCCGAGAAAUUCCCCACAAACUCUCGGAGCUCGCCAAGGUCUGGCUUAGGUACAACUACAACAUAUGA